GACCACACCAAGCCACUACACACUAAUGACUGAUAGUGUGCAAUGGCUCAGUCAAUCAGAUUACAGCAUUUCCAUUAGAACAGUAGUAGAAUUGUACUAAUUACAGUUACAAUAUCAUCAUACGAAUUAAAAAAUGAAAAAGUUCCAGUAAAACAAAAAUAUAACUAAUUGUACCUUAUAAACCUUAUGAUUAUAAAGUAGAAUAUGUACACUAGUCUUUCAAUCGACUUUGUCCUCGGCGGAGUCGCCUUGCUUGAAUAAACUCCUUUUUAAUUAAACUGGUGUUAAUAACACUGACUGACACUUAACUAGUACAAAAAAAAGUUGAGAAAAUGAAUAACAGCCAUAAUAAGCACGUUAACAAGCAAUUUACCAAAUAGAAGAUUAUUUUUUCAUGUUAUAUUAGCACUCACGAGUCAGUACACCGCAAUAUCGCUAUAAAAUAUAAUUAUUGAUCACCGCAGUUAUACACACAACUUAAUCACGUGACCAAAUUUUCAAUAGAUGAGUCCUUUUGUAAUAAUUUUGGGAAAUCUAUCUAAAGCAAGUUAAAAAACACUAGGAAUUCGGCAAGAUUUGGAUUUUAGGCUUUUUUGGUAAGCAGUUGUGAAAUUAAAGCCUGAAAAAAAUCCAGGUUUGAACGGGAUUCGGACAUAUGACCUCUGCGAUACCGGUGCAGUGCUCUACCGACUGAGCUAUCGAGCCAUCUGGGAGAUUGCAACGUUGUGAGUUCGUAAAAUACCCGUAGAUGGCGACGAUACAAGUUAGUAUAUGAGAGAUCGGAUAAACCGUAAUGCAAGGAGCACUUGUACAAACAGCAGCGGAUUGAAGCCUGAUCUUGGUUUAGACCAGGAUUGAUCAGCAGUGUAAAACAAAGCAUAAAACCAAUUGAAAGGCUGACCGGACGGCUGAAAAGGGUAAAUUUAAUGUCCAAUAUUCCGGUUAGACAGGACUAACCUUUUUCAGGGGCUACACUGAAGCUAAAUAGAUAGCUAAGCUUAGUAGAUUAGUCCUGUCUAAAUUUACCCUUUUCAGCUGUCCGGUCAGCCUUUCAAUUGGUUAUAUGAAAGAUCAUAUAUUUGAACAGCGGAAAAGGAUAUGAAGACAUGAUUGAUCAGCCAAAGCCCACGAUCAUGGACUGAACAGACAUUAAACUACAACCUCAACACCCCCUCCCUCCCCCCCACACCUCAACGAUCACGGACUGGUAAGACACUAAACUUCACACUCCCCAACCCCUGGGCACAACCGACUUGGCGUCUGUUUAUGUUUGACGUUUUCAAAGAAAAAGAAGGAACAUGUAACAGAAAGUUUAAAGUAAAACGAGAGGGGUAUUUUAAGGGUAAGAUAGACCAUUCUUUAAGAAAAGCAAUCCCCAUAAAAGCAUAAGAAAUCCCAGUAACAUUUGUAGGGUUGAUUACCAGCCGCUGUUCCGGUAAAUAAGCCCGCGCUCACCGGGGAGAACGUUUAAGCCAAUAUUAUUCGACUGAGUGACGUGCUAGAGAGUAUUGAACCCGCAACAGAGGAAAUCUGAUUGCAAUUUGUGAACAAAGUCUACAUAUAUGUAAGUUGAACUGGCUUAACCUCAUAAGAUGCCUUAUUUUACAAAAACCAAAAUUGCUCGUUCUAUGCUUGCCGUUCAGGGUCGAACCGUUCUCUCCGGAGCGCUACGCGGAGCAAGAAAUCCUCCAUCGUUGAGCAGAUUGUCGUCCAGUGUAAACAGUGACGCUGCAAAAGAGCCUAUCAAGACAAUAUCAGAUCUGCCAGGACCCAUCAGCCUUCCGAUCAUAUGGACAACUUGGACAUUUUUCGCUGGAGCGAAAGGCCAGCCUUUUAGAAAAAGAAUGAUGACCUCGCAAUUAGAAGACGUCAAAAAAUAUGGCAAAAUAUUUCGAACGCAAGUACCCGGUAUGACGAUAGUUUCCGUGGCAGAUCCCGCAGAUGUUGCGAAAGUACUUCGAGCUGAGCCAAAAUAUCCUAAACGAAUCACCAUCCCUGUUCUGGAAUAUUAUCGCGAGAAACGCCAAAAGAUUCCUGGCGUUUUCUUUGCAGAUGGCCCCGAGUGGUACAAGUACCGAAGUGUGUUAAGUAAGCGAAUGCUUCGACCCAAAGAGGUAGCUGACUAUGCUUCGGGCUUCAACGAAAUUACAACAGAUUUUAUUCACAGAUUGCGAACCGUUCGAGAAUCAAGCGGCUCAGAGAAAGAAAACGAAGUCUGUGAUCUCGACAACGAGCUCUUCAAAUGGUCGUUUGAGUCUGUCACAGAAAUGUUGUUCGACAAAAGGUUUGGUUGUCUUGAGCCCGAAGUAAACGAAGAAGCACAGACCUUUAUAACGGCUGUGGGAGAAUUUCUCCACAAUUUGAUGGGCGUGGGUUUUUUGCCAACCUGGUUCUACAAGAUCUACGAGACUCAACAGUUGAAAACGUUUCUUUAUAGCUUGGACACGAUGUACGAAUACGCUGAAUUGUUUAUUCAGAGAAGAAUGCAUGACCUUGAAGAACAAUAUAAGAGCCAAUCGCGCGAUCCCUCCGGGCCUUCUGAAAGCGACAAAGCGGGUUUCUUUGAGUUUCUCCUGUCAAGUGGAAAGCUGACUAAAGAUGAUUUACUCGCAACUGUAAUUGAUGUUCUGUUUGCUGGAGUUGACACAACUUCCAACACGAUGCAGUGGGUGUUGUACAUGAUGGCGAAAAAUCCUGACAAACAAGACAUCCUGCGACAAGAAGUAUUAUCAGUGCUUGGGGAUACAACAUUGGCGACACCGACGACUCUGGCGCAAAUGCCUUACCUGAAAGCCUGGGUACGGGAAACGCUGCGACUCUAUCCCUUCAUAGCUAUACCUCGAGAGCCGACGGAAGAUAUAAUUUUAAGUGGAUACCACAUUCCUGGAGGAACAGCACAAAUUAACUUUCUUUUCUUUAGCAUGGGCCGAGACGAAGAAGUAUUCGAAAACGCUGAGGCGUUUAAACCAGAAAGAUGGCUUCGCAAGAAAGACUUUGUUUUAACCGAAGCAGCGGAAGCUUUCUCUUCCAUUCCGUUUGGGUUUGGAACCCGAAUGUGUCUUGGCCGUCGUAUCGCUGAGUUGGAGCUUCAUCUUUUAUUGGCCAGAAUCGUGCAACAAUUUGAGAUUUCUUAUCCUCCUGAUGCGGAGAAUGUGGAGUACUAUUCGCGGGGUGUUACUGUUCCUGACAGACCUGUGAGAGUGAAGUUUGUGGACAGAAAAUAAUUCCUCCAUCAUUCUUCUAAGUGAGUUCACGCAAACCACGACAUUGACAGCAACGAGAACGUUAAUAAAUUAGACAAACGUUUAAUGAGCAGAGAAGAGCUCUGAAAGUACGUGCGUUUUAAAUUAAUCUUCGCCAUUCUGCACCAAACUAAUUUCAAACCCAGUUCUUUCACGGCCAAAAAGGGUGAGAUCUGGGUACUAGAACAAUGUGAAUUUUUUAACUCCAUGUUGUAUUUGCAUACUUUGUCAGUUUGACGAUAGCUUUAACGCCGAGAGAUACAUUAAAUAAACUGAAACGUGAAAUUUUCAAGUAGAAUAUAUAAGCUAGUCUUUCAAUCGACCUUGUCCUCAAAAACUCUCGUUUAAAAUUAAACUGGCGUUGAUAACACUGACUAGAUUUAUCAGAAGGAACAUUAAUUUUCAGAAUAAGGACCAAAACAUAACUCAGAAGAAGUGGGUCAUUUUUAGUCAUAAGCCUGUGCGUGAAAUUGCUUUCUGUAGAAUUAAUCCAAUAUUACCACUACGGGUCACAUAGUUACCGGUAUAUCUGAGUGGAGGAGUAUAAUUCGAAAACACUGCAUAGUGACUUAGUGUCUCCCGCAGUCAGCGCUGAACCAUGGAACCUCGGUCUCAGUGUACAGCCGCUAUUUCGGGAAAUGAGCCCGUGCUCAUCCCCCUCGGGUGCGGGGAGGUACGUGGACCGGAGAGAGCGGCAGAAAUAUUGAGCCGAGACGAGAAUCUAGAUAUAGAAUAGAUGUAAUCUAGUUGGCGGCAAGAUAGGUCAAAAUAUUGUACAGACUGGCAAACAUUUCAAGACUCCAAGUUGUCUGCUGUAACGAGAGGAGAACAAUAAAAAUGUCAGUUUGAGGUCACUUGAACUGUCCGCAUGCAAUCCCGUAAUAGCCGGGGUCCUCCCCAUAGUAGAGGGAGUUGCUUUCAUACAUUUCUUUGUAACUUCUGCUGUGAUGUAACUUUUGUCCGUACUACCUAGUGGGUGUCCGUAAGGGCAAGUUGUCCGAAAAGCGAGAGGCCUGGAUUCGUGGCCCUGGAUAUUGCACCGCGGUCGAUCCCUUUUGAGUCACGUGGUCCGAACGUCUCGGGUAUGUCACCGACUUCGUAUCAAGGACUCUUGUGGCCCCCACAUUUCAUUCUGUUGACCGUAAUGUGGGCGGAACCUUAGGACAGCCGUCGCCGUGUUCGUUCGCUUCAGGCUCGCUUCCUGAGGUAAACAUAGGCACGCAAGGCGUGCACGAGUUAUUUUUUUGUGCGAAUUGUU